AUGUUUCUGUUCGUCACCAAAGGAGUAGAAAAAGGGGACACUCUGGAAGGGAAGACCAUCCCUCGAACCCCGCAGAAACAGAAGCUCGGUCUCCACCCCACCGCGGACCCUCGCCCAGCGAGCCUCUGUGCGCCGAGGCGCCGCAGUAGAGCGAUCCGCCCAAAGGCCGACAGGAGGUGCUGCCGCCACGCGCCUGCGCGAAAUGCCAACAGGCAGAAAGGCAGAAGACCCUACCCGUCAGAGAAGCGCACCUUGGACUGCCAGCCCAACGCCUCCCAGAGGCCGGCGGCCCUCCCACUCCAGGCACCGCCUCCCGGCGCCUCGCCUCGUCGCCGUCAGGAGGCGGCCAAUGAACGGAGAGCAGGAAGAGGCGGUGGCCUAAGGGGCCGCUCCAAACACAUACUUCGGACCAGUCGAGUCACAAGACUUGGGGAGGGCGGGGCUAAUCUGACGACCCAAUCCAAGAUACACAAGUCAGUCAGGGACGGAGGAAAGGAGGAAGAGUCUUUUAUGUCGGAGGACAGGGAAAGAAGCUCCAUCCGUCACCGUUGCCUCACAUCCGGGGCUUUGGAAGACAGGCUCCGCCCCCUUGCACCUUUCAAGGCUACCGGAGGCGAAGAGGAGGAAGAGGAAGAGGGGGCCGCAGACGACGGGGAAGCCGAGGAGGAGCCUGAGGAGGAGGAAGAAGAGGAGGAAGACUUGAUCGAUGGCUUUGCCAUCGCUAGCUUUGCCAGUCUUGAGGCCUUGCAGAAGGAUGCAUCUCUUCAACCCCCAGAGCGACUGGAACAUCGGCUGAAGCAUUCUGGGAAACGGAAGAGGGGGGGCUCCAGUGGGGCCACUGGGGAGCCAGGGGACAGCUCAGAUCGUGAGCCUGGCCGGCCCCCUGGGGAUAGGCCCCGCAAAUGGCCCAAUAAGCGAAGACGGAAAGAGUGUGACGCAGAAAGUGAUCUGGAUGAGAGGGUCUCCGAUGAUGACCUUGACCCUUCCUUUACUGUCUCAACCAGCAAAGCCUCGGGUCCUCAUGGCACCUUCAAUGGGAACUGUGAAGCAAAACUGUCUGUGGUCCCUAAAGUGUCGGGGCUGGAGCGGAGCCAAGAGCAGCCCCCAGGGCCCGACCCGCUGCUAGUGCCUUUCCCCCCAAAGGAACCACCACCACCACCAGCCCCUCGGCCUCCUGUCUCAUCCCCUACACCCUUACCAGCUACCCCCAGUCUGCCACCCCCACCCCAGCCCCAGCUGCAGCUUCGGGUCUCACCCUUCGGCCUCCGAACGUCUCCCUAUGGCAGCAGCCUGGACCUCAGCACUGGCAGGGGAAUCCAGUUUCUCUUCACGGCCGCCCCCCAAGGCCCCGGCCCCUCCCGUGGCUCAGCCUCCCCGCGCCCACCACCACCCCACCACCCCUCCUUGGUCUCCCCUGGCCCCACCCUGCCCCCACCCCCACCUCUGCUGCAGGUGCCAGGGCACCCUGGGGCCUCAGCCGCUAACGCCCUUUCUGAGCAGGACCUGAUCGGCCAGGACCUGAACUCUCGCUACCUGAAUGCCCAGGGUGGCCCUGAGGUGGUGGGGGCAGGGGGCUCGGCCCGGCCCCUGGCCUUCCAGUUCCACCAGCACAACCACCAGCACCAGCACACCCACCAGCACACCCACCAGCACUUCACCCCCUACCCCCCGGGCCUGCUGCCUCCCCACGGCCAUAUGUUUGAGAAAUACCCAGGAAAGAUGGAAGGCCUUUUCCGACAUAAUCCGUACAUGGCCUUCCCUCCCGCUGUGCCCGGGCUCCCUCCGGGUCUCCCGCCAGCUGUCUCCUUUGGCUCCCUGCAGGGGGCCUUCCAGCCCAAGAACACGAACCCUGAGCUGCCACCACGACUGGGGCCAGUGCUGAGCGGGCUCCCCCAGAAGGGGACACAGAUCCCUGAUCAUUUCCGGCCACCUUUGAGGAAACCAGGAAAGUGGUGUGCCAUGCACGUGCGUGUGGCUUACAUGAUCCUGAGACACCAGGAAAAGAUGAAGGGUGACUCCCACAAGCUUGACUUUCGGAACGACCUCUUGCCCUGCCUUCCGGGGCCCUACGGGGCCCUGCCCCCUGGGCAGGAGCUCUCUCACCCGGCCUCCCUCUUCACUGCAACUGGAGCCGUCCAUGCUGCAGCCAAUCCUUUCACAACAGCUCCCGGGGCUCAUGGACCCUUCCUGAGCCCCAGCACCCACAUUGAUCCCUUUGGGCGUCCCACAAGCUUCGCCUCCUUGGCUGCCCUCUCCAACGGGGCCUUUGGAGGCCUGGGCAGCCCCACAUUCAACUCCAGCGCCGUCUUUGCCCAGAAAGAAAGCCCAGGAGCCCCACCAGCCUUUGCCUCCCCACCAGACCCAUGGGGCCGCCUACACCGCAGUCCUCUUGCCUUUCCUGCUUGGGUCCGACCCCCUGAAACUGCCCGGACACCGGGCUCAGACAAGGAGCGACCUGUGGAGCGGAGGGAGCCCUCUGUCACCAAGGAGGAGAAGGACAGGGACCUCCCUUUCUCA